AAUGAAAAUUCCAUAAAGAAAUAAUCAUUGCUAUUCAAUUAUUCCGUUCCAUUCCGUCAAACUAUAAUUAUUUGGCCACGUAGUUCGCAAUCAAUCAAGGCUAGAUUUUAAAAUGUUUGCCAAAGACAUAGAGUUACUGAUAUUUUUUAUGAUUAUUUACGUGUCGCAGUGCCAAAGAAGAAUCAAAGAUGGUGUAGAAGUUGUGGAAAGCAAGACAUACGUGGUAUAUUUAGUGAAGGCACCAAUAUCUCUAGUUGCAUAUGACUACUGGCUAUGUGGGGGCGCUAUAGUCAGCAGUGAAUUUGUGAUAACUUCAGCGGCCUGCGUUCAUGAUGUGGAUUACCUAUACGUUGUGGCAGGGUACAAAAAAUACGUUCAGGAUAGCGAACUGGAGACUGAUAAGUGUACCUCAAAAAUGAAAAAGAAAAUCAUUUAUACUUGUUCACCUAAACACUACGAGUUGAAAUACGGUGAACUAGAUUACUGGUCGCAUAUAGACGUGGCUCUAGUGAGGGUUGAAUCGCCGUUUAAUUUCAACGAUACCAACUAUGAAACGUUGUGUUCGUACAGACCAACGACUAUACCCAUCAACUAUGAAUUGAAAUAUCAGGAGCCUGGCACUGAUGCUCUUGUGUUGGGAUGGGGACACAAAGAAAAAUGGCGAAAGCCAGGUGACAACACCAACUACAAUUCAGAAUUUUUAAGAUAUGCUCCAACGUUGUUACUGAAUAAAACUGAAUGCAAUCAACAUUACGAAGAUUACAAGAACAUGAGUGACGUCAUCGAUCGAUAUAUGAUUUGUUCUCUAGGGAAAGGCAAUAUAGAUGAUGGGGGCAAUACUAUUCAGAAGAGUUUGCCAGUAGAAAAUGGGUGUACCUCCAAGCAACAAAAGGUUUUAGGCUUUGAAGGUGUAUCGUGUGAACUACCGAGUACAGAGGACGUUUCGGAAGAAGAUGGUCGGAGAAACGCCAAAAAGCUGAAGCAAAUAAACGGCUCCUCGACUGAAGUUCUAAACGACACAUAUUUACUAGACAUGAUAGACGAUCCUAGAAGAUCUGGAAUUUGUCAGAAUGACCAUGGCGGGCCUCUAGUCACGUGGGCAGGUGCACGUGAAAUCCUCAUUGGCAUAGCAUCGGUAUUCAAGGUUUCCGAUGAGUUGGAAUGUAUGGGACCGUACUUAUACACCAGUACUCUUUGUGUAGGAGCAUUCUUAGAGUGUAUACUGGUCUCCGAAUCUUUACCAGACAUGAAGAAAACGAGCCGACGGAGUCGACGGAACGAUAUGUGUGACAAACCCCCAAGUGAGAGAGGAUAUGACACUGUCGAAAAAUACAUAUCAUGGAAAGACCACCCUGCAGGACCUGCAGACAAUGAAAGAGUUGGCAGGGCUUCAAUUCCAAAGCCUUUCAAUAAAUACUCAGCUGGAGCACAGAGUGACGGUCAAUCAGAUUAUGAAUCAAAUGAAAUGCAUCACAAAUUAUCAGCAUUACGUGAACAUAAUGUAGGAUAUCAUUUCGAUAUGUUUAGGAAUCCGCCAAAAGUUGAUAGGUAUCCUAAGAAGGAAGAGUAUCCUCCGAAACAAGAGUAUCCUCAGUAUAAUCAACCUCCACAAAGCAUGGGAAUCCCACCACCAAAUGUGAGGAACCCUCCACAUACUGUGAGAAACCCACCACUGAAUUAUGGGAAUCAACAAUCCAAUUCGUGGAAUCCACCAGCUAAUGUCAGAUAUACAGGAACGAACUAUUAUCCAGCGAAUGUAAGAUACACGACUCGGAAUCCUCGGGGAAUAAAUGUUAUGGUCCCACCGAAGGCGCCAGGAGGAAAAAUGUACCCAGGAACUGGUUGGCAUCCAGCGAAUCGAGCUCCACAAAAAGCACCACCCAAAAAUCCUUAUCCAAUGCGAGCUCUGCGGCCUUUACGAAAUUGAGUCAUCAUCGUUACAACAUUUGACUGUCUCACUUUCGUCAAGCCCUGCUGUGGGACAGUUAAGCCAGAAUUAAGGAGCGUUACACCACACUUCCUCAACGCGGGUUAGGGGUCAUUUAUACUUUAUUACUCAGUAGAUAUUUAUGUUGUUGUUAAAAUUAAAA